AUGGCACGAUUAUCCCUCGCUGCAACGAUUUUAUCGUUGGCCACAAUUUUUUGCAAGUGUGUGUCGGGGUUAUCUGCAACGACUGAGUAUGCUCCUUCUGCAAAAAUCCGGGCGUGUAUUGCUACCCUGGAGCUAGCACAAACUAAUGUUGUGAGUGCGUGGGACGCAUGUGGCACUUACAUUGCGGAUACAGAUGCGAUCAACCAUUCUUUGUUUUCGGAAAUCAGACGGUUGGCGCGCACGCCGUUGAAUGUACAGGCACCUCAGGUACCAGAGGGGUCAGAGCCACCAACUACUCUCAGUGCCGCUGACGACUAUCUGCAAUACAUAAAGGCUACUAUCGAGCGCUUUCAGGAUAGGGUUGACGAGCUGCAAAAGGUGAUAGACAGAGUCGAAGAUGCCGAAGUAAGGAAGAAUAUGGAAAGCCGAGUAGACAGAGCGGUAGCAAUGGCGGGAAUCAUUAUAGACGGUUACCUGACCUUUUUGCGUGUCUCUCUACAUAGCAUUUUCUCGGUGAAUGCAUUAAGAUCACUCUAUGAGUUUGACUACGUGAUGGCGGUGGUUGCCGGUGUAAGAGAUGUGCUGAAAUAUAAUACUGUGGUAUUCGACAACGAAGAUGUGACAUCAUUAGCGGAGCGUUUCGACGGUGUCACGAGAGCUCUCAACAGGCGUGUUGACGGAGAGGUUAAGCUGUAUGAAAAAUUUUUUCCAAACGAUACUAAUCACAUACUGCGCCAUGUUAAUGAAGAAUCGAUCUUUCUUGCAAAACCUUUAAUGGCAGCAACCGGUGCAAGUGUCGGAGUUUCUGAUGUAUAA